AUGGAGCCUCGCCGGGUGUCGUCCGCUGCGCCCAUCCCGCCGCCGCCCCCGCUGCCGCCGUCCAAGGCCUCGUACUUCUCACGCCUCGUCAACCAGGUCCAGACGAGCGCGAGCGCCUACGGCAGUCGUCCGCCAAGCGCGCAGACGCAUCGCCCCGACGGCGGCCGUCCCAACCCGCUUGUACCAAAGCUCCCAGGCCUCCGCACCGGCUCCUCGCAAGAUGCCAGCCACAAGACCGGCCUGCCCAUCGAGGCCCUCGACAUCAACCGGGACCGCACGCAUGCCAUCCUGGCGGGCAAGGAGAUCCUCAAGACCGUCCGUGUCCAGCAGCAAGAUGCCAGGAUCGUCGAGGAGACCAACCUGCGUGCGGCCGUCAUCAACUUCUCCGACCACUCCCAUGCUCGCCAGCGCAAUGGCCUCGGCAUACAGGACGUCAAGUGGUCGCAUGGCCAGUUUAACACGCAUAUAGCAACCGCCGCCGCCAAUGGCAAGGUCAUCCUCUACGACCUCAACCGCGCAGGCGUCGAGCUGGCUCGUCUGCACGAGCACACCCGUCAGGUUCACAAGCUAGCCUUUAACCCACACCAAGGCUACUUGCUGUUGUCUGCAAGCCAUGACACGACCGUUCGCCUAUGGGACCUGCGUGACACGAGGAAAGACAUCAUGACCUGCCGCAGCAGAGACCAAUAUGCCGGCAUCAGCGGCGCCAUCUACGACAUUCAAUGGUCGCCCACUGACGCCGUCGAGUUUGCCUUUGGCACAGACAACGGGACCAUCAUGCGCUGGGACUACAGCAACAACAGAGUUGCCAAGCAGAAGAUAACAGCUCAUGACACAAAAACCUGCACCUCAAUCGACUGGCACCCUGACGGAAAGCACUUGCUCAGUGCGGGUCUCGACCGGACUGUCAAGGUGUGGGACUUCUCUGUUGGUGUCAGGCGACAGAAGCCGGUACUCACGCUUAACACUCCAUAUCCAGUCCACAACGCGCGCUGGCGACCGCCCAACUGGUCUGAGGAGGGUGCAUAUCAAUGCACUCAGCUGGCGACCGCUUAUGACCGUGACCACCCCGCCAUCCACCUGUGGGAUUUUCGACGUCCACACUUGCCUUUCCGUGAAAUCAACAAGUUCGCUAGCGCUCCGUCUGACAUGCUCUGGCACUCUCGUGACACGCUUUGGACUGUAGGGCGAGAAGGCAUCUUCCAGCAGAACGAUAUCCAUCACGCAACCAAGGUUCUGGACCGACGGAAUCUGCAGGCAAUUGCCGUAUCACCAAGCGGGGAGAUCGGCGGUAUUGCUCAGAGAAGGCCACUUCGCUGUCGCUCGAUAGGUCCAGCCUAUUCAGAAGACACUUAUGUUCCCGCCGGAUCUCGAGAGAAGCGCAACAGCCCGGAGAAGUCCAGUCUGCGUAGUUCGGCGGAGAACAGCUUUGAUGAGAACCUCUUGGUGUCCAGAAGACAUCAUGGUCGCAGUGCGAGCAAUAGGUCUGCUAAAUCGUUUGGUAGCACCCCGCCCUCUGACGCUGCACCCAAGGUCAUGUUCCUCACCGACUCCAUGGUCGUACCACAUGAGUCUUCGAGACCGAACCAGGUCGCAUUGCGAGGCACAUUGCCUGGCGCGACGAAUACCCAGAUAUUCGCAUACCUUGCGCAGAAGUACAAGGCAAUUUCGUUAACUGAUCCUCCCUCAGUCAAAUCGUUUGAGGAUGUACAACACGUGUUCGAACAGAAUGCCGAAUAUGCUCAAAGAGCCGCUUUUUAUAGACUUGCUACCACGUGGAGGUUCGUUGGCUUGACUAUUGCUAGUAGCCUGCGACGGCGAGCGCAACUGCACCGGAAUCAACGUCGAGUGAAAACUAAGCCUACAACACUAGCGUCGUCGGACGUCCAACCAGAACCUCCUUCGGAUAAUCUGAGGGCACAUGAUAAACAGAAAAGUCGUCCGGAUAUCGCCACCCGUGCUUUCUUGAAUCUAGAACAGACCUCUCCUCACACUCACAGCACAGACCGAAACACUGCCACUAUCGAAAGCACUUCGAAUCUCGCCACUCCACUCGCACGGCCGCUUACAAGUAUACCUACAACAUCCAAUGCGAACCAGAGAUCUCCGCUCCCUGACCCGGAUCACGAUGAGAAGAUCGAGCUGCCUCCAGCCAUCGCUGCGCCGCAUUUCAGCAACGGUCUUUUGGCUCCAGACAGCGCAAAUCGGGAAUCUGACCACAUUGCUAAUCGCCCUAGCUUCAACGGGCCGCAGUGGUACCGUUCAUCAAACGAUCUUGACGAAAGGAGGGCUAUGGUUGGUAGUUGGCGAGCGCCACCCAGAGUACCUCUGAGUUUCGAGCCACCUGAAACUCGAGGACUAAACAUACAAGCACCACCCCGUUUAGAUCGCCAUGAUUCCGACGAGAGUUUUGCCAUGUUCUCUGCUUCAUCCGACUCACAACGCGGAAGCUCCAUGCCUGACUCUCUGAAUAGUGCCACUUCUCACCCACGGAACAUCGAUGUGGGAUCUUGCGAGCUGCAAAGCCAGUCUCACGAUUCAAGCUUUGGGAAGGCACUGCGUCGAAGCAUCCAGAUAUCCCCGACCACUAUCCCCGAGAACGAUGGUAUAAUGACAUUGUCGCAUGACCAUAAUGAACUAGGAUCGACCCGCGAUGAUACAAGACAUACGCGAGAACACGAAAGCCAGGAACAAGCAGUUCAUGACUUCGAGAACUUGCAUCGGAACAAUCAGUUGCUUCGACAUGAUAGUUCUGAAUCAGACGCAUUCACAAGUAAUGGCAGUGGUAUGUCUGUUUCUUCACUGAUGGGAUACAGCCUGGACAUGGAAGCCAGUGGAACAAUUGUUCCAGAAGCGCAUGACACUACUAGGUCUCCACUGGGCCUAAGGCCCCCUGUUCGGCUCCCACAUGCAACUGAGAACACUCCAGCGGCACUCGAUCCUGCAGCCGAAGAUCCCUUGCUCGUGGAGGAUUUUCAGGCUAUGCACCUUGACGCAGACGAGGAGCAGCCUUUUGCUAUAAUUGGUCUGAUUAAAAAUUUACUUACAUUCUUCACCGACUCUCAAGCGGACGCACAAACCUCCUCACUUCUUCUGCUGCUCAUAACACCCUUGCUACCGCAGACGCGCGGCCAAUUUAAGGAUGCAAGCCUUGAUUUACAGUCCACGCUGGCCGCCUACACGGAAACCUUUACUGCGCUAGGUCUGUCUCCAACCCAGUCGGAAACAAUUCUCUCUACUGAGUUGAAGACGAUCAUCACAGCCGGCAUAAACCCUUACCAAGCCGAAGCUAUUCUCCAAACCUAUCAUGCACAACUCCAUAGCCUAUCGUUGUACAAUGCGGCUGCUACUAUACGUCGACUUGCAUAUCCAACGUAUCCCGCUGUGUACGAACAAGCACUCAAAGGUACCCAGGUUGGACUGUUAUGUCUCAGCUGCAAGUCUCCGAUCAAUAAUCCAAAAGACAAGAUGCGCUGCGAGACUUGCAAACGAGCCCAAGCACCUUGCCCUAUAUGCUGGGGGCGAUACCCAGCUUUUGAGGCUGUUACCACAAAGAAGAAAGCAAAAGCGAAGCUCCGCAUGGGCCUGAAGGACAAAGAUCACGGAUGCAAACGCUCGUCUCUGCUCUCAGGCAUGGCAGCUGAUAUUCAUGAGGGUGAGGGCGAUCUGUCACCCAGUGUGCCUGAGUCUGUGUCUCCGCCGAACGCGAUGUUGUGGACAUGGUGUCCGAUCUGUGGCCACGGUGGACAUACUCAUUGCCUCUCCACUUGGUUCUCAGAUGCAACGAUAUCCGACGGGGCAUGUGCGACUGAAGGCUGUCUGUGUGAUUGCGUUCAAGGUAACAGACGCGAAGAAAAGGUGCAACAUAUCUUACGCUUGAAAGCGGAGAAAGAACGGUCAAGAGUUGUCAAAAAAGGCGAUGAUUGGAAAGUUGGGGAAAGCAAAGCUGUUUCCGCUGUCCGCGGAGCCUUCGAUGAGAAUGCUUCUGAUACGGUACAGAAUACCGGUUCAAGUACCCAAGUCUCCCGCGCAAAGGAAGACGGUCGCAGAGUGCGUGUCGUGGAACCGCAUGAUGACCAGCACUAG